CCACCAUGGAAGAGCGAUUUGGCACCCUCCUUACCAUCAGCCUUGACACUCUCACCACCUUGGCCAGUGAGGUCCGCCGAAAGCUCACAACAGACACAUUCACCACCGCUACCGUGAUCGACCGCCUCGUGGGCAGCAACAAUCUCAUCCAUGUGGUCGAAUUUGACGACAAGCUGCGCUGCAUCAUCCGUCUGCCUCGCAGCGGCAGACCCGGCCACUUCACCGAGACCGCCAGACGUGCCCUCAUUGCCAAAGUAGAAAUGAUGCGAUUCGUCCGCAAGCGAACCAUGAUCCCCAUGCCCGAAAUAUACGACUUCAACGCCUCAGUGGAGAAUAUCCUCGGAGCGCCGUACAUCGUGGAGAGUUUCAUCCCCGGAACCUCAGUUGCGGACGCCUGGUUCGACGCCUCGGGUCCGAUGUCAUUGGACGAGAAACGGCUGCGGAUCCUCGACAGCGUUGCAGAGGCGAUGGCACAGCUUCACGGGUUCUACUUUGACAAGAUCGGUACGGUGGGGGUUGAUGACCAGGGUCGUCGGCGUAUGUAUCCCUGCUUCUAUGUGGAAAAGUCGGAGACAGAUAUCCGGUAUGUGGAGUACGGAUCGUACGGGUCAACGGUGGAAUUUCUGCGCGAUCGUCUGGCGGUCACAUCCGGCGAAGGUGUGGGAGACAAUGCGUAUGAUACUGGAUGUCGUAUAUUCUUGGACAUGAUGAUCUCGUGUAUGCCGUUGUCGACGAAACGGAGGACGGAUGACCGCGAGACGUUCGUGCUGGCAGUGCCGCAAUUUGAAUCUAAGAAUAUCCGCAUCGACGAGCAGUGCAAUGUGAUGGGCAUCAUUGAUUGGGAUGGGGCACACACGAUGCCGCGGUUCCUAGGCUAUGCUGUUUUCCCGGGCUGGAUCACGAGAGAUCUGGACCCAGUAGGGUAUGGAUGGCCUUAUAACACGCGAGAGGAUUCUCCGGAGCAGUUGAAACGGUACCGGCUGCUGUAUAAUCGGAAGAUGCAGGGGCUGCUGCGGGGGGUUGGGGAUGCGAGGUUCGUGAAUAAGACGCAUAUCUUUGAGGCGAUCUUGGCUGCCAUUGAGAAUCCAGCGGCACGGAUGGAGAUUGUGCGGACUCUGGUUGCGAAGUCAUUUCCGGCGAGUUUGGAUACGGCUGCGCGAUUGAUUGAGGACGCUGGUGAUGGGAGUUCCCGCGGCGGGAUAGUGAGCGGUUGAGGGGGGGUUUCGAGGCGCUGCUUUUUUUCAAUAGUUUGAUGGUUUUCUGAUGGGUCGCAGUGGUUUAAAUGGUGUGGUGGAGUUGAGGCAAUUCGGAUGGUUAAUCAGAGAAGACUCG